ACAUUUCCCAGAGGUCAGUGAAUGUCUCUCUGCUUGCUUUCAGCAUAAAUACAUAUUAACGCAUCUCUGUGUAACUCCCUGAAGAAUCAACCACCUACAUGAAUCAUAAAUAAACUUAAAGGAGGAAGUGAAAGAGAAAACUAACAGCGGUUAGCAUCUCACUUCCAGAUGACGCUUCUCGUCAUAAGUUACAUUUAAAAAUUUUUUUUUUUAGUUACUUGGUUCAGCCGCGUCCAAACCCAUCAGCUCAAAGCAGACUAUACUGUGUCGGGGUAUUGUUACCAGGAAGUGGGUCGGGUUAUUUAUAUUUCAACGCCGUCCCCUCGUCCUCGUGAGAGAACCAGUGUUAGUAACCUGAAACUAAAUAUUCAAGCGUUGUCUGGUUCUGCUUGAGUCAGCCAGCUGGGAAACAACUGGUUUUGACUUUAUCAAGCGACAGGAUGGAAAAGAAAGAGAGAAAAAUAUUAAUUAAUUGAUUGUAGAGAAGCUGAGAGAGCGAGUUGACCCAGCGGGAGAUUCAGCCCUGGCAGAGGAGUCAGAAUGAAGUUCCAUGAAAAGAUUCUGACCCGUUUCCUGUCAUGCACGUCUCCAGUGGAUAAGGAGGGAUAUCUCUACAAAAAGAAGGAGAGAAAUGCCACUUACUACAGGCGGUGGUUUGUGCUGAAAGCCAACCUGCUGUUCUACCAGGAGCGUCCGGCUGAUCGUCACCUUCUGGGCGUCAUCGUGUUGGAGGGCUGCACGGUCCAGAUGUUGGACUCUGACGGGUUUUUCCCCUUCGCCCUCCAGUUCGGGUCCGGUCUCAAAACCUACAGGUUUGCCGCCGGAGACGCUCAGACUCAGGGGCGCUGGGUUAAAGCGCUCUUCCUGGCCAGCCACUCUUACCUCUCCAGUCUGGUGAGAGACCUGGGGAGGCAGUAUGAAGAAGCUAAACAGCAACAGGACUCUACCAACUCCUGCUCCUCUUUCAAAUCCCUCAGUCCGCCCACCAACAGCCUCCUGGUUCCAACACUGGGACCAUUUUCACUUGUCAGGGAGGGGAGGAGCUUCAGCGCCAGCGCUGCUCUACCGCCACCAUCAAUGCCUACUAAAAUGGCUGCCAAAAAGUCGCCCAAAAAGUGGCCGAGGAGAAACGCUCACGUGACGCCCCUCAACGGACCGGCGCCGCUGUACGGCGAAUGGCCUCUGGUGGGGUCCGACCCGCUCGUGGAGUUCAGUAAACUUCAUGAUUUUUAUGGGCAGGAGGUUCAAAAAGCAAGAGAGGAGUGGCUGAGGAGUCGACAAACAGAAAAGGAGCAAAGUGAGAAAGAUCUAAUCGAUCUGGACUGAAGGAAAGGCGCUUAAAGGGAACUGAGAUGAAGUUAUUCAGACAGGAACUGGAACAUUGUGAGUCACUCUGCUCUGACUUUCACAGAGUUUGAGGCUCAGUUACUCAUUUAAAAUGUUUUAUCUGUUUAUAACAAAGUGAUAUUUUCCUGAUCUCACUUUAAGAAAAAAUAGAAAUGUAUUAAAAAAAGGUUCUGAUCCCCAUCUGAGUGAAUUUGAACCCCUGUUCUCUUCAGAUUAACCAAAUUUGUGUCAUAACUUUUGGUUAUGCUGCUAUUAUUUUAAAGACAUUAAUAAAUGUUUCCCAAGGUCAUCAAAGGUCAACCAGCCAGUCCACAUUUACAAAAUGGAAAAAAAAAAAAGGUCAACUGUGCUACAUUUUUGUUUGUGCCGUUAUUUCCAAAGGUCAAAUGAAAGUUUAUUUAUAUAACACAUCUAAAGCACUUGAUGAUAAUUACAUUAUAGAUAGAUAAAUGAUCAAUAAAAUUGAUCUUAAAAACAAAAAAAUAUACCAAAAAAUUACAAUAAGACACCAAGAAAUUAAUAAAAUGAAUAGAAACUUUAGAGUUGCAGCAAUUUCCCAAAAACUCAAAUCAAUAAAGUUAGUUUUUUUUCUCCUUUUAUUUAUUUUUUGAACUGUUAUUAGGUCACCACACAUCAACCUGCUCCUCCUUCUCACAUUAACAAAA